AUGCAGGACACGCCAGCGGCACCAGCAUCCGCAGCGGCGGGCCCUAGGCGCCCUCGGUUGAACUUGCAGGCACUCGGUGUCGGUGGUGGAGAACGAAAGCGCGGUAAAUCUAUGUUUGGAGUUCUUGUCAACACGUUGAACAAAGCCAAGGCUGAGGAUAAGGAGCGGAGUGCCAGUGAGGCGGCGAAGAAGCGAAUGCUUAUCGAACAGAGGUUGCAAUCCAAGUUAAAAAAAGAGACUGACAUCGUCAGGCAAAUCGAAGAGGCCAAAAAGGACAAGAUUACUGCAAGUCGCAAGGAAGAAGACCUGCAACUGAAGGACUCUAUUCACAAAUUCCGGCGAUCACAUCUCACGUUACUGUCGAACUUCCUCCUUACCGAGGACGUUAUUCCUCCUACUGAUACAGACUCGGAAGAAUUCAACCUGUCAACUUUCGUACCAAAACGCUCGCACCCUCCACCAUUAUACUACCUCCCGGCUGUCUUACUGCCAAGGCAAGAGGCAUUCCUCACUAAGCGCAGAACACAGGUCAAGGAAGCCGUAGAAAAGGAAUGGGAACAAUUCAAGACCGAUCGAACAACAUCCAUCGAGGAAAUCACCACCAUGCGAAAAAAAGUGGCUUCGGUAUUGAACAGUCGAACCACUCAAGACGACGGCGACGGCGAUAAUCCCCCUUCCUCAGCAGUAGAUCGUCCCGACGCCACCUCAACAGACUCACCCACUGAGAAGACCGAAAAGACCGGACCCAAGGAUACCGAGAUGGAUGUAGAUGAAAACGGCAAGGAGAACGGCUCACGAGAGUCGCAGGCUGGGGGUGAGAAGGAAAAGCAGCGUGAAGGGUCUGGGGGUAAUGAGGAUGAUGAUGCUGUUGAGUACUGA